AUGAGUGCGAUCGAUAAGGAGAGACUGGACGGAGCAUGCUCCUCGCGCGAAGAUAAAACGUGUCCGCCUGAACGAGUCGACAUGUUCGUGUCGAUGUGA